UCAUGAUCAUUUCAACAUUUUAUACAUAGUAUAAUGCCGUCAAUUAUACCUUUAGGAUCACGAUUAGUUCAUCACCAGGGGUAUUAUAAGUAUUCAGAUCGUGCAAUUCCAUGGGAAAACUUGCGCAAGUCAAAGAAGACUUGUUGCCAUUCGCUUAUCAUAACAGCUCAAAAGUCAACUGGCCAGGUAAUUAAGUACUAGUAUAAAAUUAACAAACUCAAUGUCUAUUGGCUUCCAUGUUAUAUCCAUGAUUUUUAACUUGGUAUUUUCCAUGUCAGGGGACUCUUUCUCCGUGAACUUGGUAUAUUCCAUGAUUUUAAAAAUAAAAUGUUUGUUUUGUUGACUUGGGGAUUUUUUUUUUUAACAAGUUGAUGGUAUUUUAUUAUUAUGUUUAUCUUGUCUAAAAUGUACCAGAUUGGCUAUUAUAAUAAAUAAAGGAGAAGCAGCUUGUUAAAUUUCUUGAUUAUAUUGAAGAAGAGCUUAAUAACUUUGCAACUGUGGUGAUAAGAUGGGCAGAAUCCAGGCCAGUCCAGAAAUAGAAACUCAGGAUCCAGUCCAACAGGUAAACUCUUAUCCUCAGAAUUUUCAGACAGGACAAACUCCACAAAUCGGGAAUCCAUGGAACAGUGGAUUGUUCGAUUGCCAUCUGGAUCAAACAAACGCUUGGAUGACAGCUCUUUCUCCAUGCGUGACAUUUGGACAAAUAGCAGAAGUCCUCGAUGCUUCCGAACCCUCCCAAGGGUCGCAACUUACUUGUCCAAUUGGAAGUCUGAUUUUUCUGCUAAUGGGAGUUCUGUGCACCAAUACUUUAAUCGGCUCCAAAUUCAGAGCAAAGCUUAGGAAAAAAUACGGUCUAGUCGAAGCUCCGUAUCAAGAUGUGUUGUCACACCUUAUAUGCCCUUGUUGUUCUCUCUGUCAGGAAUUCAGAGAGCUCAAAAGUCGAGGCCUCGAUCCUUCCCUAGGAUGGCAAGGUAUCCUUGCUCAACAACAGGCAAAUCAAUAUGGAAAUGUACAGAUGAACACAGCUCCACCAGCUCAAGCUAUGUCCAUGUAAAAUUACGACGCUUUUUGACUCUUCUAAUGUUUUUUGAGUUGCGACAAAAAAAAAAAAAUCUCGUUUAUGUUUGAUUUUCGCAUACUUGUAAUGCAUGUUGAGUAAAUGUAAUAAGUUAAAACUAUUUUGUAUCUUGAAAUUCGAUUGAGCCUUUGACUAUUUAAUGCCAUGUUUGGAUUGAAGCUUUAUUUUCCGA